AUGUGCUCCCGCAGGUCCUGCCACAGCCACGAAACCUCCUGCCACGAAUCCCGCUCCUCCUGCCAUGACUCAGGGCUCUCCUGCCAUGACUCCCGGCCCUCCUGCCAUGACUCCAGGCCCUCCUGCCAUGACUCCCGGCCCUCCUGCCAUUACACCAUCCAGAGGCAGCCCGUGCAGAAGUACAACUAUGUGACGCCCUGCUGCCCCCCGGUGCAGACCUAUUGCCCCCCUGUGCAGCGCUAUUGCCCCCCCCUGCAGAGCUAUUGCCCCCCGGUGCAGCGCUAUUGCCCCCCGGCCCCCUACUGCCCCCAGUACACCAAGAACAUCUGCAAGCUGCCACCGACGUACCCCAAGUACUAG